AUGUUGGAUCCUGUCGAAUUACAAGUGUUCCCCUCCUGCUACAAUUGCAUCUCAUGCUCGGAUGAAGGCGAGAUCGCAAUUGCAACAGGUGAAUACGUUCAGAUUUUAACACCAAGAACUCCAUCGGGACAAAAAUCAAAUGGCGCUGCUUCCAACCCAUUCAGCAAUGGUUGGCAUACCACGCGCUUUCGAGCAAAUGUUUUCACGAGCAAUGAAUGGCCUGUUAUUUUCCCCCAAAGCCGGGACAACUUCUCAAUUGGAGCCGAACAGUCUCUUAGCACGGUCACCGGGCUGGCCUGGUCACCUCCUGGUCUUGCGAGAUACAAGCGCAGUGUCUUGGCGGUACUGACGUCAAAUAUGCUCUUGUCGCUCUACGAAGCUGUUGGCACGCAGGCUAAAUGGACUCGUACUGCCAUUAUUAACUCAUCUUUAGAACAGUAUUUUGAUGCGUCGAUUGACGGUCAUAACUCCAGACUCAAAAAGACCAACAUACGAUCUUUUACCUGGACCCCACCUCUCAAGAUCCCAACUCCAGACCGACCUUAUCCUGUUCCCGAAAGCCGUUGGGGCAUUCCCCUUCUCGCAGCGGCCAAUGAUGAUAAUGUUGUCAUCUUUUUGCGUUUCCAGCUUCCUUAUAUCCAACCAGAUCCUGCAGGAUCCUUUCAAGUAGAGGUACUCUCUACGGUUUCUCUUGAUGUCUCCCAGGGGUAUAGCCAAGUCGUUCAACCGGGCUCAGUGUUUGCUUCGGCACUCCAGUCUCAGGCCAAACUUUCAUCAUUGGCAAGUGGACCGUGGAUAUACAGUUCUCAGCAUAAUAAUCAAGACGGAGGGAUCUGCGCGGCGACGUUGAAUGUUGCCGCUACACAUGGCCCAAACCUGAAGUUUGUCAAACUCAGUGUUACCAUACCACCACUGCAGCAGGAUCUUGAAAAUGAACCGCGGUACAAGUUGCUUUGCAAUACUGAAGAGAAUAGUAUGGCGUAUAUCGACCAUUUGAAGGACUUUCAGUUCACCGGACCUAUACGGUGGACACAAGAGGUUGUAUCUGGCGCGUUAUCAAUCGCCACGGGAGUUGCUGCUGGCCUUGCCCUCAUAACGCUCCCAGAAGAAGCAUAUCACGGAAAGACGUCAAUGGCUGCAAAACCACGCCUCCACCAUUACACAUUUUUCGAACCUGGAUACAAUGGUAGAGAGUAUGGCGAUAGUUGGCAUUAUGAGAGAAUAAGUGGAAUGACUGUUGCAUCUGCUACUCAGUCCGGACCGUCAACAUUGCAUCUAGCCACGGUUGGAGGGUACACGGCUGCCGUGCCGCUAUCGCGUAUCGAAGAGGCCGGACAGCUGUCUCGUCCCCCGUGGCAAACCCGAGUGGAUGACAUUCGUGAACAAUUUGACAUUGAUCGCGAUCUUGGAGGGCUGGCAGUUUCGCGGAUUUGGGGUGUGGCAUCUACCGGUGGGCUUGUUAUAGUUGCUUUAACGAUGCACCCGGGGGAUAUGGUCGAAUAUCGCACUAAUACUGAAGAACGGCUCACACUAUUUUUCUCUACGCCUAACGGAGACGCAGCUGCGCUUGAGACUCUGCCUUUUGGUCGAGGAAAUUUAAAUCGCUCCGCGGAUUUCUUGCGGGAACGACGUGACAUGGUCAUCCAGUACGUCCUUCAGGAUGAGGAGGCAACUAAUGAAACAAGAAACCUAUGCCCGAAGAUUCUCUAUGCCGCGGCAUGUUGUGCCAUUGUGCAGUCUCACAAUUCUGAGCUGCUGUCCCAGGCCCGAAAGGUCCUUGAGAGAUUGGCUGCGUCUACGGGUGUGGAUCUGACGGAAGAGAUUGCGAAAUCUUCUUCAACUGGAAACGUCAUUGGACCGAAGUCGCCGGAGCAAUUAGGUACAUCGGGCCAUGACAUUUUCGAGCAUUGUGAAGUUUGCGAUGCUGGUAUUGCUUGGGACUCCGCCAAGGAAGCACAGUGUGCUGCUGGUCAUGUUUUUGCCCUUGCUGACAAAUAUAUAGUCCGGUGUAAUCUGACAUUUCUCGCGAUCCAGGAACCUGGGGUAUCCAAGUUCUGCUCCGUGUGCAAAAGCGAAUACCUCGACGAGGGCCUGAUUGGCCUCUCCACACCUCAGAAUAUCCAACAAACCUACAACAACCUGUCAAGCGUGUUUGAUACCUGUAUCUACUGCAAUGGAAAGUUUCGUCCAUAG